ACGCUCGCUUCGAUCGAGUCUCCUAUUAAAUUGGAAGCGGCGAGUGUAGUGAAUCAGAGAUGAUGGCGAUGAGGUCGGCGCUCCGAGUGAUUCCUUGCCUCGCCCGAUCGUCUGUGGCGGCGGCGAAGGAGGUCGCCGCCCCGAGGAGCUCGCGCUUCUUUAGCGACGGGAAGGGUAGGGUUCUGAGCGAGGAGGAGAGGGCCGCCGAGACCAUCUACAUCCAGAAAAUGGAGAGGGAGAGGCUGGAGAAACUGAAGAAGCAGCAGGAGAAAGAGAAGGCUGAGGCCGAGAAGAAACCCGAUAACAAGAGCUGAUGUUGCUAUACCUGCCUGUCCGGUCUUGGCCUCAUUCAUGUUUCGAAGCACUCUGCUCUUUAUAUAAUCAGACAUGAUGAAUAAACGUGUGUGAACAAACGGGAUGCCCAUGCCAGUUUGGUAUUCUCCUAGAACUCAGUUUAUCCACCUGUACUUGUAAUUACAGCAUUCUAUUUAAAGCUGCCUUUGUUGUUAA